GAGAUAUACAGGGUUCUGAACCUAACUUACCAGAAAUAUUAACUCAGGCUUGGACAGUGUGCACAUGGAACAAUUCUAAUUAGAGGAAGAGACAGGAAGCAAAAUCCAGAUGUUUUCCACAACAGUCCUCAUCACAGCUGCUUUAAUUUCCACAGCUCUGGCAGGACCAUGGGUUAACAUAUGUGCCAGCAAAUCUUCCAAUGAGAUCCGGACAUGCGACAGCUAUGGCUGUGGACAGUACUCUGCUCAAAGAACCAACAGGCAUCACCCAGGGGUGGAUGUCCUGUGCUCGGAUGGAUCUGUUGUGUAUGCACCAUUCACUGGGAUGAUAGUGGGCCAGGAGAAACCCUACAGAAACAAAAACGCCAUCAACAAUGGCCUUCGCCUGUCUGGAAGAGGUUUCUGUGUCAAAAUUUUCUACAUUAAACCAAUUAAGUAUAAAGGUUCUAUCAAAAAGGGAGAGAAGCUGGGCACGCUGCUGCCCUUGCAGAAAGUAUACCCCGGCAUCCAAUCGCACGUGCACAUUGAAAACUGUGACUCCAGCGACCCCACGGCAUUCCUGUGAGCGCAGACACCACCAAAUCCUGUCCAGAGUGGAGCGCGAACACGUCUGCCCUGAAGAAACGCGUGUUCCAACAGAAACACAAUCAGUGCAAAACCCACACUUCUGAUUCCAACCCAUCAUCACCCUGACCUUCCUGUCACCCAGAGGACCAGGGUGCUUUUGUGUUUUAGGUUUUUAAGUCCUGAUGACGGAAAUAAACAAAUGAAUCCCAA